CGGUAGCGCGGCGGCUCCCGGGAAUCUGGCUGGCUCUGUUACCCGGAGACCCGCGCUGACCCAAGUGUCCGCCUGUCCGUUGCAUGUUGCUUGACCCUGCUUGAUCUUACCCUGUUUGGGUUUGCACCUGUGGAAAGAGCAGUGUUCUUGCCCAUCAUGAUGAAAAUCCUCAUCAUCUUGAUCACUCAAGCUGAGUGCUAACUAUGUGCCGUCUACUAUGUGAGGGCUUUACAUGCGUUCUCCCAGUUGAUCCCCGCAAUAACCCUAUGAAGUAGGCUUUAUUAUCUUAUGGGUAGGAAACUUGAGGCCCAGAGAGGUUAAGUAACUUACUCAAGGCCGCACAGCCGGUUAAAAGGAAACCUGUAUUUCCUCUUUAAAAGUUGGAGAUGAAUUUUACAUGGGGAGUCCUCGUUUUUAUUGUUAUUUCCUAAUUACGUCUGCUCACUGGCGUCUAUGUAAAUUCCAAUUUAGAGUAGGUUAAGGAAGUACCACCCCCUCUACCCCCAUCAUUCAGAAAAGAGCCUUUUCUGAAUACAAAGUAAGUUUUGGGAAAGGGAGGUGCAAAGUGACCCAUGGGGUCAUUGAACAGAGGUGAUAAUGAGGUGCCCCAAGAUCUUGAAAUCACUUGUUUGGUAGUUGAAGUAUAGUUUUCAUUGAGAUGUGAAAAGCACUGGGAAGCUUUUGCUUCUAAGUCACAGCCACUAUAAUCCUGAACUGGCAGCAUAAUUUUCAAAGGCUCCUGCCUGGAAACAGGACCUUAACUAAUUUCCAUAACCAAGGUCUCGUUUGUUUUUUCAUCCUGUCUUUUGUUCUUUUCUGUGAAUGCGCCAUCGAUUUCUCUCUUAUAGUUCUCUUGGGAAUGGCCCCACUUUCAAAAUUCAAGGUUAACAGGCUAUGAAUUAUCACUUACUGCCGUCACUGUCCACUGUCACAGCCUUUAGAUCCGAUCCUGGUGGAUCCAUCCCUGGGAGAAGAACCCCCUGGUAGCCAGCUGAGUAGGGUGGGGAGAGUGGCACAAGCAAAGACAACUUUCUUGGCUUGGUUUUUUGCAGUUGAAAGUCGAUUUUAAAUUACUUGAAUCAGCGUAUUUAUUUUUCUAAACUAGUGAGAAAGGGUGGGAUCUAAGAGAAAGAUCAUUCUGAGGCCGCUUUUUGAUGAUGAUGUGUUUAGUCACCUGAUAUUUCGAAACUGUCAAGAAGCCACAACUGUACACAUAGUUAGAAGUUAGAUCAUCAAAGUUGUGGGAUUUUUUUUUUAAUUUAAAAUGUUGUUUUUGGAGCCGCCUACUGGCAGCCAAAACUAACUGAAAAGUGCUGUUCUCUGAAGUUCAUAGAGCCAGAGCUGAGGCUGGAAGGAGCCUGAGACACCCCGGGGUGGAGGGAGGUAGGGAGCAUGGUCUUUGGAACCAGACAGACUUAAGCUCUAAUGCUGACUCCAACCCUGACCAGUUCUGUCGCUUCUGAGCAACUUACUUAAUUUCUGAACCUCAAUUUCCGUAUUAGUCAAAUGAGAGAAAUAACUACCUCAAGUCUGUCACAUACAAUAAGCACAGUAAAUUGUAGCUCUAAUUAUUACAUAAAUAUUUUGCAGAUAAAGACACUGAGACCCAAAUAUGCUAGGUGACUUGCUCACAGUCACACAACUGGUUUGAAGUGAACUUAUGAUUAAUACUUACUGGGUGCCUGCCGUAUGUCAGGCACUCGUCCGAGUGAUACAUACCUCAUCCUCACAUUGACACUACCCUCCCCAUUUUAGGGAUGAGAAAGCUGAGGCAUCCAGAAGUUACUAAGGAUCCUCAAUUCACCUAAGUUGCAAGGAGCAGAAUCAAGAUUUCAAACAGAGCUGGCUAACUCCAGAGCCAUGCUGCCUCUAGGUUGGUUACCUGUCUCAAAAACAAAUCAUACCAGCCCUUCCAGAUGAGUAACUCCUGAGUUCUCAAACUGGAAUGCUCUACCCCAUAAGCAUUAAACUCAGCCACCUUUGUCUGCCCACAGAGCAUUUCUACUCAUGUAAUAUGAAAAACAUUGAUGAUAAAAUGUUAGAAAAGCAGAAUACAAAAUUUUGUAUUCACUAGCAGUUAUAGAAAGAAAGCAUACUUGUAGGAGAAGAUCCACAAUAUACUAACAAUGAUUGCAACAAAGCACAGAAUAGUAACUAUUUUCCUUAUUUUCCAAACUUUCUAUAAUGUGGUUUGAUUCAUUUUAUAAUGAAAAAGACAUUUUUUUAAGGGAGGGAGGGAAGUAUUUUAAGCCAAGCAGAAGAGCUGCCUGCUUGAAAUGCUGGGGCCCAGACACUUUGUUUCUUUUCUCUGCUGGGGUGAGACUGCAGGGAUGGCUGGUGUCCUGGAAACACAGCAUCACCCCACCUAGCCUUCAUUCCCUACCUCUGCUCAGUUCCACAGCUGUAUUUGCACAUUUGUCCUCUCAGGACACUUGCUUUCUCUGGACUUUUCACUUUAGUUUUAUCAUUGUACCAGGAUUGUAAAUAUCAAAAAGUCAGUGACAUGUGGUGAGGUGUGAAGUCUAAAGUUCUGUUUUGCCUUUUAGCCCCACAUAGAACCAGCCCCAUGCAGAGCCUCCAUUCCUGGGCGGGAGCCAAGGUCAAGAGCAGCAGAGUGACUUGAUAGGGACAGUCUCUGGGUCUUUGGGAGGAUAUGCUAUCAAGGCAUUGGAGAGACUUUUUUAGAACAGCAUUGUCCAGAGAAAUAUAAUGUAAGCUAUAUGUACAUUUAAAUUUUUUAGUAGCCACAUUUUAAAAAAAGGAAAAACAGGUGAAAUUAAUUUUAUUAAUGUAUUUAAUUGAGCCUAAUAUAUCCCAAAUUAGGUAAGAUUAAAAAUUUACUUUCUCAAUCAGACUGUUCAUUCGCCUGAUGUGCCUGGCAGCCACCCCACUGAUAUUUUAGUGUGUUUUAGUGUAUUGGGGUCUUUCCAACAGCUCCUCGUCCUUUGUGACUAAUACAGAAAGCAGGGCCAGAGGAAUUUUGCCAAGUUAGACCAACCUCAUUUCGGGGAACCAAAAAGAAGAUUGACUUGUGAUCCCUGUGGAAAGCUCCUCCUGAGACACCUUCCCUGGUGCAGCGCUGUGUAUGUUCCAGGCAGGAGCUGGCUUCCAUCCUGUGGUUUUGGAGCUGCAGCCAGGGGGUGCAGUUUGCAGUUGGGAACCCGCAGCUGCCCAGCCACAGGGGCCCCAGCAGUGUUUCCUGCCGUGUUGCUGCCCCUUAAUUGGCCUGGGCCCCAGUGACCGACCUCAUGUCCCAGCACAGCUGGGGGGACAAGGUGCUUAUUCAGGGCAGGCAAGGGUUCCCCUGUGGAGUGCUUCCUCCCCACGCAGCAGCUCCAGCUUCCUCGCUGGUGCAGGGCCUGAGUCCAGCCCUGUUCUAAGGAGAAUUGGGAUCGUUCUCCCAAAUGGGUCAGCAAACACAGAAUUGUAUUUGAGGCCAAUAUCUGCCUCCAUAAUUUAAGAGAAAUGGGGAAUAGAUUUUGAAAAUACCCCUUUUCCCUCCUUAGCUCGUAUGCUCAAAACCUUUAUUUACAUCAGCCCUUGUGAUAGCUCAUCUUGGGAUAUAAGCCAAGCCAACUACACAGCCCACUUCCCUUCUAAACUCUCUUACAUGGAACAUAGAGCUGACUUUGAGUCCCCAUAGUAGAGCUCCAGCCUUCAUGAUUUGGCCCUGGUGCUUUUCAGAAGGGUUUCAGGAACACUGGUUAUGCAAGUGAAACUUCCUGUUUACCCGCUUUUCAUAAUUAAUGGCUGAGGAUGACAGAUUGUGACCGCAAAAGUGUUCAAAUGUCAUUCCUUUGAGCCCACAUUUGUAGUACUCACGUGGGUAGUAGCACGCCAGACAACUCUAGCGGUCCAAUUUGCACACAAAGAAUUGAACCAGGAGUCGCAGCAGCCACAGAUUCUAAGUCCAUUUACAGCUAAAGAUGAUUGUUUGGAAAGCAAGAUGUCAAGAGUCAGAAGUUAGGGAUUCAAGGCUGAUGCUCCCUGGAUGGUCUCACCCUCUUGUGGUUCCUGUGUUUGUUGACAGCUCCCAAAUCUGUGCCCCCAGUGGACACUGUGCUCUUUUUUUUAACUGAAGUAUUGUCAAUUACAAUAUGUCAGUGUCUGGUGUACAGCAUAGUGGCCCAGUCAUGCAUAUACAUAACAUAUAUUUGUUUUCAUAUUUUUUUUCAUUAAAGGUUGUUACAAGAUAGUGAAUAUAGUUCCCUGUGCUGACACUGUGCUCUUGAAGUGCAGAGCCCUGUAUUCAGCUGCCUUCCUGAUAUCCCAGUGCAGGACUUGCAGGUUUCCCCACUUCCACCUGACCAGAAUCCGCAACCUGCCCCUCUGCAGUGUUGCUGUUCCCCUAAACAAUCCCCCCCACCCCGAGGUGACCAAGCUGAAAGUCUGGGGCAUUUGUGACUUUUCCCUCCCCUCUGCUUCUGACUUACAAAGUCCUGCAGGAUCUGGCUCCCGCUUAGCCCCCGAGCAUGCGCUCACAACCAUCCACCUGGAUCUUGAGCCAUAUGGAAAGCACCACAUUCCCACUCAUCUGCAGGUUUCCACAGUGUUCCUUCCUCCAUUCUUGAUCCUCUCAACCAUUCAAGGUUAAAGGCAUUGAUUGCAGGAGUCCUCCCCCGACCUCUGCCCAUGUGGAUCUGAGGAACAUCCAGUACUAACAUGGUACUCAUCACACUGGCUUGUUGCCCUUGUCCUGGGAGGGCCCCAUCCAGUACCAUCUCCCCUGCACUUAGCACUAUGCCUGAUGGAUAAUAGGUGCUCAGUAAAUAUUUGCAGAAUAAUGGUUGACAUUGACAGAGAACUUUGCACCAAGUGCCUUGCUCAGUAGGUUGCCUGCACGACCUCAUUUCACAAGAGUAGGAUCUGGGAGACCGUCUAGGACGUGAUGACUGUCAAAGUCUGGAGGGACACCAGUUGGCUUCAACUAGGAUGAGAGUGGUGGAGAGAAGUGGGCAGAUUUGAGCCCCGAAUACAGCCAGAGUCAGCAGGACUUUGCUGAUAGUUUGACUGACGGGUCUAGGGAAGAGGAGCAGGGAAGGCGAGAAUCAAAAGGAGUCAAGGAUAAGGGCUAGGUUUUUGGCUGGAGUAACUACUGGAUGCUCCUGCCUCUCCUUCCUGAGCAGAGGAUGAAGGGCGGUGUGCCUGGGUGUGUUUGGGGAGCGAGGGGAGGUGUUUAAAAGAUCUCUUUGCUAUGGGUUAGGUUUCAUAUGCCCAUCAGGUAGCGAGGCAGAAAUGGAUAUAUAAAUGGGGAACUCUGGAAUAAGAUCAGAUGAGGCUGCAGUUCCCCAUUUAGAACUUCCCAGAACUCCAUGAAGUAGAGCAACUGAGGUCGUGUGACUUCCUUCCUGUUUCAGGGCACCUGCUACACAGCCAGCACUUGAACCCAGGCACACUGAUUGUCUCCAGUUCUAGGUUCCCUCAAUUUUCCAGUGUGGCUUUCUCCACGCCAGCAGUUGGAAUUGCUUUGAAGGUCGAAGUAUGCUGUACUUAGAGAUUUUCAGUGUAAUCAGGUAUGCUUACAGUCCAACCAGAACAGAGCAGAAGAAAAGGUGCCAGGGAAUGGUGAGGGCCUGGUGCAGUCGCGGUCACUGGCCACCGUUGCUGGGUUCACUUGGCAGCUUCUGGGCAGUUGACUGCGAAUAUCUAGUAUUUGCUUUACUUACAGAAGAGCAGUGUUUCAGCUUGAAGUACGUUAUUCAGAUUUAUCCCUUACUAUAAAAUCACAGAUGUGAAAAAGAACCAACUCCUUCCCUUCUGCUGGUUGCAUCUGAGUACUCAAUUCAUAGUGGCUGUAGAAAAGAGAUACUGCAUUUCUUGUGUUUGACGCCUGCAGGAAGGGAUGUGCUUUUUUCUCAGGGUGGGGAUGUGUGUCUGUAUUUUAAACCCGCAUACACAUAUAAACAUCUGCUGAUUUAAAAUAACCUUUUUUUUCUGUUUUAUUUUAGGGAUCAUGACUCUUCUUGCUUCUCGCCUAAGUUGAAUAAGCACCUUGUGCACUUUAAUCCCCUGUCAGUGCCAUCGGGCUGACUGAAGACAGGUUUUUGAGAUCUCAGCUAUAAAGACAUCCAGCCAAAGUCUCAAUCUUGCCUUAACAAUGUUCCAGAGACUGAAUAAAAUGUUUGUGGGUGAAGUCAGUACUUCUUCCAACCAAGAACCAGAGUUCAGUGAGAAAGAAGAUGAUGAAUGGAUCCUUGUUGACUUCAUAGACACUUGCACUGGUUUCUCAGCAGUGGAAGACGAGGAAGAAGAAGAUGCCAGUGAAGAGUCACCCGCCGAGCACUCUUCAGUCUUUUCCUGUUUACCUGCGUCCCUUGACUGCUUAGCUGAUACAAGUGAUUCCUGCUUCCUCCAGUUUGAGUCCUGCCCAAUGGAGGAGAGCUGGUUUAUCACCCCUCCCCCGUGUUUUACUGCAGGUGGAUUAACCACUAUCAAGGUGGAAACCAGUCCAAUGGAAAACCUUCUCAUCGAACAUCCCAGCAUGUCUGUCUACGCUGUGCAUAACUCCUGCCCCAGCCUCAGUGAGGCCCGCUGUGGGACCGAGGAAUUUCAUAACCCAAGUAGUCCCAGAGUGGAAGCGGAGAAUGAAGUGGGGCAGCACAUUCAUUGCUAUGUUGCAGCUCUCGCUGCUCAUACAGCUUUUCUGGAACAACCCAAGAGCUUUCGCCCUUCCCAGUGGAUAAAAGAACACAGUGAGAGACAGUCUCUGAACAGAAAUAGCCUUCGUCGCCAAAACCUUACCAGGGAUUGCCACUCUCGGCAAGUCAAGCACAGCGGCUGGGCUGUCCAUCAGCCCUGCCCACGUCAGUACAAUUACUAAGAAUUUCAAGUUCAGUUGGUUGGUUUCUCUUGGUUUGUGCAUAUGUGUGUGGAUGUGUGUGUGUGGACGAUGAAGAUGCUGUCUCUUUACAGCCAACUGUUGACCAAUCACAUAGUUUUAUCAGUGUGUUUAGACACUAUCUUGAAAACCAGAUUUACAUGCUGUGUAUCACGUAAUGC